CAUGAACCCCAGGCCGCCAAAACAGAGCAUGUGAACUUAACCACUACGCCACUGGGCUGGCCCCAAUACAUCAAUCAGGGUUUUUAAAGGGUAUUAUCCCCCACUGAGUUCUAAUUUUUGUAUUAUUAUUAAAGAAUAUGGCCUAUAUAAUUUUUUUCCAAAUUGCAAGAUCAAACGUGAAAUAUAUGUUCUCAAUGUUUAAGGAAUAAAGUUCUCUAGUUGUUAAAUAAAACUUAUUGACUAUAUCGUUCAAAUCCUCUAUAUUAUUAAUUUUUAAAGUCUAUUUUAAAACCAACUUCUGAAAGAAAUGUAGGAAAACUCCCCAUCAUGGGCACGUAUGUAUUUUCAAAUCCUCCCUGCUUGUUAGGAGUUUUGUUUUAUGCAGUUGUCUGCCAUGCUGUGUGUUGUAUAGAGUCUCAUGACUGUUAUAUCCUCUUUGUGGGCUGCAUCUUUUAUUCUCUCGUAAGACUCUUCUUUGUCUUUUGUUGAACACGUUUAUCCUUGAAUUUGCUUUGUCUGAGAUUGCUGCUUCUGCUUUCUUUUUGCUUUUGGCACUGUCUGUUGUUGCCCAGCUCUUUGUUUUUAACCUUUUUCUUUUUUUAAACGUGUGUUUUAUUUAGAUAAUACACAGUUGCAUUUUAUUUUUUAGUCACAUCUGACAGUCUCAGAUUUUUAAUAGGGGGAUUGAUUCUGUUCACAUUUUUGUGGUAACAAGUAUACUUUGGGCUUCGGUGUUAUUUCGUUUGUUAUCUGUAUCAGUUAGGGAUGCGCUUGACCAUACGUAACAGAAUACAAGGCUAAUAAUUGCUUAGUUAAAUAAAACCCACAUUUUUAUAUUAUCAUAGGUCAUUUAAUAGUUACAGAGCUUUAUUCCUUGAAGUUCUGUAUUUUUCUCAAAUGACGAGAAAUCUGGAGGAUACUGCGAUGGGCACUGUUGGCUUAGCUGCUCGACAAAAUCCUUGAGGAUCCAUCUCCUUCUGUCCUUCCGCUUACUCAUCCUGAGCUUGUGACUUUCUUCCUCAUGGUUGCAAAAGUCUCUCCACAACUCCAGCGAUCACUUCAUCCCAGGGAGGAAGAGGGCGGCGAGGGAAAAGAGCAAAGGCUCAAGGGGUUUCUCCUAAGGAGUUUUCACCUUUUGUUUGGAGAAGGGAAGCCCCUCGCUGGGAAUUCUGCCCAUGUCUGCUUUGUCAGAAACGGGGACAUCCGGUCACUCCUAGGCUGGUCACUUGCCAACGAGAACAAUAUUACAAGACGGCUUCGACCAAUUUUACGUGUCCUUCAAGGCUGGAGUGGAAACUUGCCUCUCCCGAAACUGAGGGGUUUCUGUUACUCUCUAAACAAAUCAGAUUUUCUGAUCAGGGAGGAAGGUGGGCAGGAAGGGGUGGUGGGCAGGUGACUGCCAAGUUUGCUGUGACAGCUACGCGUUUUUGUUGUUUUUUCUCUUCCUUUUACACAUUUCUCCCUGUUGGUAAGCCUUUUAGCAUUUAAUUCCCCCACUAUUAAUUUGCAAGUUUUAUAAUUCUAAUCGCGGUUGCCUCCCUGUUUCCAUCAGUCACAAUUAAACCCAUUUCUCUGUAACUAUAUUGCUUUCAACAUGCUAAAAAAUAGCAAUGCCCUCCUAUAUUAGUCGGGGGGAUCAAUUUUGAUUUGCGAUGGGUAUCUGCAAUUCCGAUAUUUGCAGUUCUGCAGUGGAUAACGCCUGGCAUGUCAGUGGACUGACACCAGGAGGGGCUGCUUCCUGGUAAUCACAGCGUGAUGCGGGUUGGGUAGCCCUUCUGUGCCUCCCUUUCUAACAUCAACUCACAGAUCUGAAUGCUUUUCUCUUGCAAUUCCACCAUCUUGGAGUUGUCUGUUUCCAGCUGGGUGGACGAGACGCAGAAUGUGGAGAAGGCGCACCGGCUGCAACAGCCUCAGCCUGCAGGGACGGGGGCGGAGGAGGCUGAGGAAAGGAGGCGUCUGAGGGCUCAGGAGAGGAAGCGGGCGCUGGCAUGGCGUGGUCCCUGACAGAUUGUCAUUCUGGUCCCUCCCACAUUUGGUUCUUCUCCUCCAUAUGAAUACACCCAUCAUCUCCCUGAGGGGGAUGCCCUCGAGUCUCCUUCUGCCCCACCAUCCAGCCUUGAGUCCACAGUCUGUGGGGGCGUUUGUCUUUGUCAGGUCUGGAUGUGGCUAAAGAGACAUAACAUCUGGACACCCCCACGUUUAAGACACGACACGCAGUGGAGGCUCCGGGUCAGCAUGCCCACCAUGGGAAAGAGGGAGUGUGCGCGCUCAGGCCCUGUCUGCGAUGCCCUGCAGUCCCACAGGUCGAGCUCUGUGGUGCGCCCCCCACAACAGGCAGUGAAGGGCCGGCCUUGACGGUGCCCCCGAGGGCCCCCUCCUGUUCCUUGUUCCAUGGCCUCGUCUGAACCGAACGCUGAGGAUCACCCUUUCCUUGGGCCAGUACAGCCUUUGAGACCAGCCUCCUGCUUAUCGAGGUCGGGGACCCAAAGGUUAAGUCUUGAGCAUCCAAAGGCUUUCUUAGUCCAGACUCAAAAACCUAGGAGGCUCCUGAUCUGUUUGCGUCCGUGUCCCGAGAAACCAUGGCUAAGGGUCUUUUCUGGACGUAUUCCACUGACUGACUACACCUCGUCGCCUCCUUACCCCAUGACGCCUCCCUCAGCCUCUUUGAAAGUGAGUGCGAGGGGUUGCACUCUGUGUGUUUGUGGCGGCCUGGCUCCUCUGAGGAGCAGAGACGCGGGUGGGAUUAGACCCCUAGAGUUUUGCUAAGAAAACCCUGUGAGAGAAAGAGGGCAGAGGGCCGGCGGAGUCUGGGAGGGCUCUCACACCGCCACGCAGCUCUGACCUUGGGGCAAGGAGGUGGGGAGCAAGUGGACAGAGGGGUUCCAGCAGCCGUGCCGUCCACGGAAGGCCUGCCGGGAGGAGUCCGGCAUCUCCCAGGAAGGAGCCUGCCCUGCUUGGGCAAAGGCAGGAGCCACCUGUGGGAAGCGUGGCCUUGGGCAAUGCCGGGAGGGUGGGAGCUGGAGAGCUCAGGUUGCUUAUGUCCCUGCAGCUCCAUGUCUGUGGAGCACGUUCUCACGGCCACCGCGGCGCUCUGUGCCCAAGGUCACUCUAUCCACCUUGCAAGUCUCGCUGGGCUCUGCCAUGCAAAACCUUUAAAUAGCCCAUCCCUUGCACCUGGACCCUAGAAACAGGAGGUUUUUCUGAUCCUACAAAGAUGCAAGUUUCUGCAUUCUCUCUAUCCCCUUUCAUUUCUUCUUGCAAAGCCCUCUGUUCUUUCUUGAACUCUCUUCUCUUAACACCUUGCCUGACACAGCUGCUGGCAACCAACACACCCCACCUGCCUUCUGUUUUCCAGCCACCUCCCUCAGAGCCACAAGCUCAGAAGGCAGGAGCGGCUGCCUCUUAAGCUAGUGUCCGACAAGUUUACCAGAUGUUUGCUCCUGUGUCCCACGGAUCUCCAGCCAUUUGUCCGGCUCCACCUCACUCGCCGCCCAGCUGCCACGGCAGUGACAUGCAGGGUCCGUUUCUGUCUCCACAGCACCCCGCUUUGGGGAGAGGCCUCCGUUUUAGGCGUGGGCUCACAGGAUCUCUUAUAACAGGCAAACUGGAAAGCUCAGUGGCUUCCUGCAACGCAGGUUUAUUUCUUGCUCACGUCACAGGCUGACGUGGGUCAGGGAGACUCAGGGACCUUGCUGCUUCGUUUGCAACUCCAGUGUCUCCAGUUGUGUUUCUAGAGGUGGGCAGGAGAGAGCAUCUCUGCUAUGGGUCUUGGAGGCACCGGGCCUGGACACCUGCUGCGGCGGCUGACUCUGCUGCUGUGUUGCUCCCCAGAAAGAGUCGGAGGGAGGGAGCUGGGGCUGCUGUCUCUCUGGGAUCCUUUCCAUAGAUGACAGCCUUCGGAGGGGGGUGUGACAGGCGGGUGAGCGCCAUCAGCCAACUGGGUUGUCCUUACCAAUGAGAAUGCGGCCUGUUUCUUCUUCUCCCUUGUUCCUCCUUCUGUCCUGAUGCAGCGAGCGACAAGCACAUCCAGUGGCUCCUGGGGGCGGACGGCGAGGUCUGGGUCUGGAUCAUGGGCGACGGCCCCGGUGACAAGCCCUACGAGGAGAUCUCUGAGGAGCUGAUGGCUCAGCGGGCGCGGCUGCAGGCGCAGAGGGAGGCCGAGGAGCUCUGGAGACAGAAGGAGGCGGAGAUCACCAAGAAGUUCCGGGAUGCUCUGGCCAAUGAGAAAGCCCGGAUCCUGGCGGAGAAGUGGAAGGUGGAGAUGGAAGACCGCAAGGCCGCUAAGGUUCUGGAGGAGGAGCGCAUUCACGAAGAGUUCAAGAGGAAAGAGGAAGAGGAGAGGAAGCGAGGGGAAGAGCAGAUUCGCCUCCAGGAGGAGCAGAGGGCAAAGGAGCUCUACUGGAGCCUGAAGCGGGCGCAGCUGCAGAGCCCGGCCAGCGAGAGCGAGGAGCGCGCCUGGGAGGAGCAGCUGCGUCGGUCCAAGGCAGCGGACGAGGAGCGGAGCCGCCGUGCCCAGCGCGCCCGGGACGAAUACCGGCGCCACUCGCUGCGCGCCAUCCAGAAGGGCACGGUCGCCGGCCUCAGCUCCAUGUUCCGAGAGCUCGGCCAGAGCCACGAGCAGGAGGCCAGACUCUGCCACCACCUGUCAGGGCCUGGUCCGCCGGGACCCCUCGCCGUGCCUGCCAGCAGGGCCUGGGAGCGCCCCCUGCGUCCUGUGUCCAGAGCAGCCAUCGUCCGCUGGUUUAAGGAGGAGCAGCUGCCUCGCCGAGCUGGCUUCGAGAGGAGCACCAAAGCCAUUGCCCCCUGGUUCCACGGAAUUAUUAGCCGAGAAGAUGCAGAGCAUCUCCUGGAGAACAUGACUGAGGGAGCGUUUCUGGUUCGGGUCAGUGAGAAAAUCUGGGGUUACACCCUCUCCUACCGCCUGCAGAAUGGGUUCAAGCACUUUCUCGUGGACGCCUCUGGGGACUUUUACAGCUUCCUGGGGGUAGACACCAGUCGCCACGCCACACUCACCGAUCUUGUUGAUUUCCACAAGGAGGAAAUUAUCACUGUUUCAGGGGGAGAGUUGCUGCAGGAGCCUUGUGGACAGAGGGACAGCCCACCAGACUACCACCUGUUGUUUGAAUGAUUUUUUCCUUCCCUAUCAAUUGGAUUCCUUUGGGCAUCCUAUUUUGAACUCCACUUAAGAACUUCCCAGCUCGAAUCCUUAUGGCCUUUUGAAAGCUCCACCACCAUCCAGAGGAACAAGUAGAUUUAUAUAUUUCAAGGGCUAUGAAAUAUAUGGCAUAGGUGCUUGUGGUCCCCAACCCCGUGCCUAGGACAGAAAUUGCUAAUAGCUGAUGCAACUCUUUCAUGAAGAGUUUAGAUAUGACCUCAGAAGAUGAAGUCUCUUUGUCAUGACUGCCCUAAACUGAGCUCGCAGAGGACAUGGGUCAUGUUUUAAUAAUCCAAGUAAUUCCAGUGCCGAACUCUGAAUUGAACACAUGGUGGACGUUCAAUAAACGUUUGUUGAAUGAA